AAAAAAAAAUCAAGAGAGACUUGAGCAACUACAAAAAGGCCAUCACCAAUUAUAAUUUUCCAUUGUUCUUCUCUUCCACUCUCAACCUUUCUUUUCUCUUUCUCCCCAUAAACCCUAAUUUAUUUUUGUAGUACAGUUUAGAAAAUGAGAGAAAUCUUGCACAUUCAAGCUGGACAAUGUGGGAACCAAAUUGGAGGGAAGUUUUGGGAGGUGAUGUGUGACGAGCAUGGGAUCGAUCCUACAGGAAAAUAUAACGGGAACUCCCACCUUCAGCUUGAGAGGGUAAAUGUUUACUACAAUGAAGCAAAUGGAGGGAGAUAUGUGCCUAGGGCAGUGCUGAUGGACCUCGAGCCGGGGACAAUGGACAGCUUAAGAACUGGUCCUUAUGGGCAGAUUUUCAGGCCGGACAACUUUGUGUUCGGCCAGAAUGGAGCUGGAAACAAUUGGGCUAAAGGGCAUUACACAGAAGGAGCUGAAUUGAUUGAUGCUGUUCUUGAUGUGGUUAGAAAAGAGGCUGAGAAUUGUGAUUGUUUACAAGGGUUCCAGAUUUGUCAUUCACUAGGAGGUGGGACAGGAUCAGGAAUGGGGACCCUACUGAUUUCAAAGAUCAGGGAAGAGUACCCAGAUAGAAUGAUGAUGACUUUCUCAGUCUUCCCCUCACCAAAAGUCUCAGACACAGUGGUCGAACCCUACAAUGCAACCCUCUCUGUUCACCAAUUGGUUGAAAAUGCUGAUGAGGUCAUGGUCCUUGACAAUGAAGCCCUCUAUGAUAUUUGUUUCAGAACUCUCAAGCUCACAAAUCCAAGCUUUGGUGAUUUGAACCAUUUGAUUUCGACAACCAUGAGUGGAGUCACAUGUUGCCUCCGCUUCCCGGGACAGCUCAACUCCGAUCUUCGAAAACUAGCCGUGAAUCUCAUCCCCUUCCCCCGCCUCCAUUUCUUCAUGGUUGGUUUCGCACCCUUGACCUCCCGCGGCUCCCAACUAUAUAGAGCCCUCACAAUCCCUGAGCUCACACAACAAAUGUGGGACGCCAAGAACAUGAUGUGCGCCGCAGAUCCACGCCAUGGUCGAUACCUGACAGCAUCGGCUGUGUUCCGCGGCAAAAUGAGCACAAAAGAAGUGGACGAGCAGAUGAUCAACAUACAAAACAAGAACUCCUCAUUCUUUGUGGAGUGGAUUCCAAACAAUGUGAAAUCAAGUGUUUGUGACAUUCCACCAACCGGGCUUGCCAUGUCCUCUACAUUCAUGGGGAAUUCGACAUCGAUUCAAGAGAUGUUUAGGCGGGUUUCGGAGCAGUUCACGGUCAUGUUUAGGAGGAAGGCCUUCUUGCAUUGGUACACAGGCGAGGGUAUGGAUGAGAUGGAGUUUACUGAGGCUGAGAGCAACAUGAAUGACUUGGUCUCUGAGUAUCAGCAGUACCAAGAUGCUGUGGCACAGGAUGAGGGAGAGUAUUAUGAGGAAGAGCUGGAGAACUGAGGAUUGGAGGUUUUCCAAUUUUAGGUUGCUUGGGAUUGAAGAAAUUAAAUUGAAUUAUGUAUUGGGGUCAGUAAUUUGUGCUUGUUCUAGCUUGGUUUUUAUCUCUUUUUUUUGGUUAUCAAUAAGGGGUUAUUUAUUGUAAAGCCUUCCCAUUCUUAGGGAUUUGGGUUCUGUUGUGAAUAUGUGAUUACUGUAAUGUUUUUUUAAGAGAGAAAAUAAAUAGUUAUGCGUCUUGGUAUUACAAAUUA